UUUUUUUUUUUUGCAUGUGUACAUAAGGUUUGAAGCGAAAAUGGUUGAACCAGCGCGCGAAUGGCGAGAUCCAUUAUUUAGUGUUCACAAUUCCCACUUUCCUUAAUUACUACCACCCCAUUAUUAUUAUUAUUAUUGUUCCAUUUUUGGAUUUCUUUCUUUUUAUGAUAACCUUUUGACCAUCUGAUCAAGAAUCAUGAAGAGGUUGAAAAGAAGCUUGAGUGAUGAGCCACAGACAGUGUGUUUGGAUCGUGGUGUUACUAUGGGUUCAGAGUCGAGAUGGGGUUUGGAUCCAAUGAAAUAUAUUGGUAUUUUCAUUGUUUGUUUGAUGGUUUUAACAGUGUUAUUCUCAGGCUCUAUUAUACUCAAGGACCUACCUUCUGAUAGCCGCCUCAGAUUCUUUGAUUUUAAACCUCCAAAUGCCACUGAAGAUGUUCAUCAUCUGCAAGUUACCGCACAGAAAGAUAAACUGCUUGGUGGCCUUCUUCCUUCUGGAUUUGAUGAAAGAUCUUGUCUGAGUAGACAUGAGUCAGUCUUAUAUCACAAAGAACUACGACAGAAGCCUUCUUCUUAUCUCAUCUCAAGGUUACGAAACUAUGAGGCUCUUCAUAAGCAAUGUGGACCUCAUACACUAUUAUACAAUAGAAGUGUCGAGCUUAUCAAGUCUGGUCAAUACGGAGGUUCUGCAGAUUGCAAUUUCUUGGUUUGGAUUUCCUAUAGUGGUUUAGGAAAUAGGAUACUAACCUUAGCUUCUGCUUUCCUCUAUGCUCUUCUUACAAAUCGAGUCCUACUUGUUGAUCCCGGAGUUAAUAUGCCUGAUCUAUUCUGUGAACCUUUUCCCCAGGUUUCCUGGUUGCUUCCUCCAGAUUUUCCUAUAAUCAAUCAGUUUGGUACGUUUAAUCAGAAAUCACCUCAUUGUUAUGGUUAUAUGGUGAAGCAUGAUAUCAUAGGCAAUUCAACUGGUUCAAUACUACCUCCCUUCAUCUACCUUCAUUUAGCUCAUGACUAUGAUGAUCAAGAUAAAUUAUUUUUCUGUGACGAGGACCAAAGUCUUCUCCAAAAAAUCCCUUGGCUAGUCAUGAGGACAGAUAACUAUUUUGUGCCUUUUCUAUUCUUGAUACCAUCGUUCGAGCAAGAGCUAAAUAAACUUUUUCCGGAAAAAGAAACCAUUUUCCACUUUCUGAGUAGAUACCUGUUCCAUCCCACAAAUUCUGUAUGGGGGCUUGUUAUGAGGUACCAUAAAGCUUAUUUAGCCAACGCAGAUGAAAAACUAGGCAUUCAAAUUAGAGUCUUUGAUUCAGGUGUUGGUCUUUUUAAGUAUGUACUGGAUCAGAUCUUCGCUUGUAUGAUGAAGGAGAAUCUGCUGCCACGAAUUAACCGGGGGGAGCCUAUAGUCCGCCCAUCCGAGAAACAGAAGACUAUAGCCAUCCUUAUCACUUCUCUAAGCCCCGGAUACUUUGAAGAGUUCCGAAACAUGUAUUGGGAGAAUCCCACUGUGACAGGAGAGAUCGUUGGUGUUUACCAGCCAAGUAAGGAGGAACAUCAGCAAAUGGAGAAGCUCAUACAUGACAGAAAGGCGUUGGCAGAAAUGUAUCUACUGAGUUUGACAGACAAAUUGGUUACAAGUGCAUGGUCGACUUUCGGAUAUGUAGCUCAUGGUCUUGGAGGUUUGAAGCCCUGGAUUCUAUACAAGCCUGUGAACCAGACAGCUCAUAAUCCGCCCUGUGCUCGAGCUGCAUCAUUGGAGCCAUGUUUCCAUGCCCCACCAUACUAUGAUUGCAAAAGGAAAACGGGAACUGACACGAGUAAAAUCGUUCCUCACGUGAGGCACUGCGAGGAUGUGAGCUGGGGUUUAAAGCUAUUUGACCAAAAAUGGUGAGCUAUAACCAUGUAGGUUGUUAGCUGUAUCCACUUGUGUAAACAAGAGUCAGGUUUUCCCUUCAAGAUACAUUUUUGCUCUCUGGUGAACUGAACGCUGACAAAGGGUUGAUCAAAUCUUUGUGUUUAGCUUUGCAUCUCCUACCUUUUUCACUCCAUUCAGAAGCCAGAACCUUUUUAGCUGAUCAAAAGACGAUGCAGAAUGAUGGUACCAUCGAGUUCUUAGUUCUGCACAAAUAUAGAAAUCAACUGCUCAUGCUGGCUGUAUGCUGCUGGUUUUAGUUCUCCAGCCUGAAUAUAGUUUCUCUCGGUUUAUAAAGUUGUCACUUGGUUAAGUUGCAUAAUCCUAAACCCCACUUUCUCAUUGACACGGAUUCUUGACAUUUAAAAAUUUGAUUAACUCCCGAACUUCUUAAAAAUUUGGCAGAGGCUCCUUUAUAACUAGAGUUACCCGAAAGCUUACAACCUGUCCAAUCUCAGCUACAACCAAUGCACAAAACAUCACAUGUACUCAAAGUAGAGGCGAAGCCAGGAUUCGAAGCUUGUGGGUUCGGCGUUCUAAUUCUUUAAAGUUACUGGGUUCUUAAUUAAUAAUUUGUACAUAUUUGACAAAAAAAUUUAAUACAAAUAUAUAGUUCGGACAAAAGCUACUGAGUUCGGCCGAACCCACACCCGAAGGGCUGGCUCCGCCCCUGACUCAAAGCCACUCUUAGCCGAACAUACACUAUCAAAACUUCCAAGUUAACUGUAAAGUCCAACAGAGAAGGAUAUGUGUGUCCUAGCCUUCCGUGAAAGGG